AUGGCGACAUCAAUACCCAACAGCAGCAAAGCGAUGCCGAUAAGCUUGAAGCUUCUUGUAGACAACAACUCAAACAAGGUACUGUUCGCAGAGGCCGGGAAGGAAUUCGUGGACUUCCUCUUCGGACUCAUACAUAUACCCAUUGGUUCCAUAAUGGGUCUUUUUCGGAGUCACGGCAUAGCUGUGCCUGGAUCGUGGAGUAAAGUGUAUGAGAGUAUCCAAGACCUCGACUCCACCUGUCUUCACCAAAGCAAGGAAAAAUUCUUGAUGCCUGAACCAGCCUUCCCAUCCGACACUCAUCCGCCUCCGCUGCUGCUCAACUUCGUACCACCAAAACAAGAGUACCGCACGACAACAGUACUCUUUGGUGUUCCAACUCCAACAGGACUCUUUGGUGUUCCAACUUCAGAGAAUAGAUCGGUGGUUCAACGCAAGGAGACGGGGUAUGUUAGAGGUGUUGUGACACUGACAUUUAUGGUGAUGGAUGAUUUGACGGUGAAACCCAUGUCAACCAUUUCUAGCAUCACCCUUCUCAAUACCUUAAACGUCAAAGAUGUCGGUUUGCUGCAGGAGAAGACGGUCACUGUUGACAUACAGAAGGGGUUGGAGCUGGUGAAGGCUUCAUUCGAAUCUACCACAGUCCUCACAGAUGUUUUCCUUGGGCAUACUGAACUCAGGCACAGUACCAAACCCAUUUCAGGCUACAACUGUUUAGGAGGGGGAUUUUCGGAGGGUGCUGGUGGCAGAGACAAGUCUGGUCGAAAGAUCGUCAAAGUUAUUCGCAAGGGACGGAAGAAGUAA